AUGCCAAACUUUUCAUAUCUAUCUAUCUAUCUAUUUAUUUAUAUAUCUCAGUCUGUUCAUAUCUAUCUUAGUCUGUUCAUAUCCAUAUCUAUCUAUUUCAGUGUAUUCAUAUCUAUCUAUAUCUAUUUUUGUCUAUUCAUAUCUAUCUAUCUAUCUAUCUAUCUAUCUAUCUAUCUAUCUAUCUAUCUAUGUCUGUUAUAUCUAAGUCUGUUCAUAUCCAUAUCUGUCUAUUUCAGUCUGUUCAUAUCUUUCUAUAUCUAUCUUUGUCUAUUCGUAUCUAUCUAUCACCUCCACUGUGAAAACUACUCUACAACACAAUCUAUCUAUCUAUCUAUCUAUCUAUCUAUCUAUCUAUCUAUCUAUGCCUGUUCAAAUCUAUCUAUAUAUAUAUCUGUUCAUAUCUAUCUAUCUUUCUCAGUCUAUUCAUAUCUAUCUAUCUAUCUAUCUAUCUAUCUAUCUAUCCGUGUCUGUUCAAUUUUAUCUAUACAUCUGUCUGUUCAUAUCUAUCAUUCUUUCUCAGUCUGUUCAUAUCUAUCUAUCUAUCUAUCUAUCUAUCUCGCUCUUCUAUUCAUAUCUAUCUAUCUAUCUAUCUAUCUAUCUAUCUAUCUAUCCCUGUCUGUUCAAUUCUAUCUAUAUAUCUGUCUGUUCAUAUCUAUCUAUCUUUCUCAGUCUAUUCAUAUCUAUCUAUCUAUCUAUCUAUCUAUCUAUCUAUCUAUCUAUCUUGGUCUGUUCAAAUCUAUCUAUAUAUCUCUCUGUUCAUAUUUAUCUAUUGUUCUCAGUCUAUUCAUAUCUAUCUAUCUAUCAUUCGAUCUAUCUCAGUUUGUUCAUAUCUAUCUAUAUCCAGCUUUGUUAAUAUCUAUCUAUCUAUCUAUCUAUCUAUCUAUCUAUCUAUCUAUCUAUCUAUCUAUCUAUCCCUGUCUGUUCAUUAUCUAUCUAUCUAUCUAUCUAUCUAUCUAUCUAUCUAUCUAUCUAUCUAUCUCUAUUCAUAUUUAUAUCCUAUCUAUAUCAGUCUGUUCAUAUCUAUCUAUCUAUCUAUCUAUCUAUCUAUCUAUCAUAGAAAUAUCUCCUUCCACUCUUCUUUCCAUCGUUUAUGUUGAUACUGUCGCUCACCCGACACCUGAAGCCUUUUGUAUUAUUCUCUUUCUUUUCUGUCACUGUCACCAAACUCCUCCCCCGAGCUUGAGACAUAAUCACAGGCACCGCCAUCAUUUCACACUUGUCUUCGACCCACCCUUACAACCCUAUCUAUCUAUCUAUCUAUCUAUCUAUCUAUCUAUCUAUCUAUCUAUCUAUCUAUCUAUCAUUCUUUCUUUCUUUCUUUCUUUCUAUCUAUCUGUUACAACCCUAUCUAUCUAUCUAUCUAUCUAUCUAUCUAUCUAUCUAUCUAUCUAUCUAUCUAUCUAUCUUUUUAUUAUAUACCGUACCCAUGGACAUUUAUGGCUUCGAUUCCAGUGGCCAGUCACUCCUAUCUCUCUUUGCCGCUCUCUCCCUUUCUCUCUCCCACUCUCUCUCUCUCUCACUUUCGUUCUUUCUUUCUUUCAGUUUUUGCUCGUCUCAUCUAUUUUCUUUUCUUCUGUUAUAUUUGUUCUUUUCUUUCUUUCAUUCUUUCUUUCUUUCUUUCUUUCUUUCUUUCUUUCUUUCUUUGACUUUCUGUUCGUCUCUUUCUCUUUUCUUUUUAUUUGUUAUAUUUCUAAUUUCUCUUUCUUUCUUUCUUUCUUUCUUUCUUUGACUUUCUGUUCACCUCUUUCUCUUUUCUUUUUUUUCCUUUUUUUAUCAUCGCCAUCUAUAGCUGCUGUUUCUUUUUCAUCGCCGUCUAUAGCUGCUGUUUCUUUUUCAUCGCCUUCUAUAUCUGCUGUUUCUCUUAACCCUCUUUGCGUUUUUGUUCUCGUCUUUCUCUUUUUAUUACUUUACUUCCUCUUUCUUUCUCCCUACCCACCGUCUUCAUUCGUCGUUUCUUAUAUAUUUUUGAUUUUCUUUUUCAUGCGUCCUUUUUGGCUCUCUUUUUUCCCCACUGUGACGCCACAUGGAAACACUUUGCAAAGGUCAUACUUACGGACGUCACGUAUCGAUUAA